AUGGCGCCCAGCACGCCGAAGCGAAAACACGCUGGAAGCCAGGGAUCGCCAUCACGCGAGCAGCCAACGUUGUUUGCGUUUCUCUCGUCGCCUUCUGCAGACGAUGCGUGUCAGCUCGAGAGUGACGCCGCGUACGCACGCACUUUGGCCUCGGAUACAGCACAAAUCGAGGCAGACGCCGCAUUUGCGCAGUCAUUGCAAGCGGCAUGGCGCAACGAUGCUGCGCCAGUUGCCGAGCCUGCUUCAACUCCAAUGCCAAGCAAGGUAUUUUCACCGCGAAAGCGCGCAAAAAUAGACACGGCUGUAUUGGACAAGCAACUUGCCAGUAUGGAUUUCGGUAUGGACCCCAGCCAGUUUGACCCCGCCAUUGAUACAACUCAUUGGCCAUGUACGCACGAUGGCAUUGCAGUCCCCUAUGCACUUCUAGCUCACGGCUUCUCCAUCGCGGCGAAAGAGCGCGGCCGUACCAGAAUCCUCCAUGUGAUGACCAAUAUGCUACGGAUUGUUCGACACUAUGAACCUAGCAGCCUACUAGCUGCUGUAUACCUUAUGAGUAACCACAUCGCACCGUCUUUCCACGGCAUUGAGCUUGGCCUUGGAGGUGCGGCGAUCCAGCGCAUCACGCUGCAAGUUUCGGGUAAGAAACAGGCAUACCUACGCAAACUUUGGGCCCAGACGGGCGAUGCAGGCGACGUUGCGUUCGAGGCAUUUCGCGACGUGGUGCAGCUUGUUGAGCAUGCACCGCUCACGCUCACCAAAGUAUAUUCAACUCUGCACGCCAUUUCCAAAGCCUCAGGCCCGCGCUCCGGCGCCACAAAACAGUCUCUCGCUGCAAGACUAUUGUCUGCAGCGCGCGGCGAAGAGCGUCGGUUCAUUGUGCGGACGCUCUGUGCAAACCUACGGAUCCAUGCGAUGCGUACGACUGUGCUUUCUGCACUCGUGCGUGCUCAUGUAUUGGACGACGGCACGUCCCAAGCACAGCUAGCGCAGGCAAGCGACGCGCCCAUACAAAGUAUAGCGGCCAUGCUCCAGCAAGCGGAUGCAUUGGGAAAGCGCGCUUAUGCAAGGCGCCCCGAUAUGGGCAGCAUUGUAGACAUGCUCCGUGACGGUAUAGCAGGUUUACAAUGUGCCGAGAUUGUGCCAGGCACGCCCGUGACGCCCAUGCUUGGCAGCAUUACGCGCUCGUUUGAUGCCGUGUUGGAGACCAUGGGAAAUGCGGCGUUUGUGAGCGAGUACAAAUAUGACGGGCAGCGAAUUCAACUACAUGUGGGCAAUGGCGUUCAUGUAUUUAGCCGGCACUUGGAGACAAUUACAGACAAGUACCCCGACCUAUGUGCACUCGCGCCGUUCCUAUCGCAGCACGCCACCUCCUUUAUCGUUGAUGCGGAGGCCGUUGCCGUCGCACCGGAUAGCUCGCUGCUGCCAUUCCAGACACUCGCAGCGCGCGCACGGAAACAGGUUGCACUGCAGGAUAUCCAAGUGCGUGUGUGUUUGUACGUGUUUGAUCUCUUGUACCUGCACGGCCGGUCUCUGCUUGAACUCACGCUCCGCGAACGGCGAGCCUUGCUGCGCGCGCAUUUUCCGCAGCACAUACCCACCACGGCGCAGCAUGCUGGUUUCCAGUACGCGGCGUCAUGCGAGCACACUAGCGAAAUGUCUGUGCGUACCUUUUUUCAGUCCGCGUGCGAGCAGCGGUGCGAGGGGAUUAUGAUCAAGCGGCUGGACCGACCUGCCGAGGCGAAUGGCCGCAUGACGCAACUGUCCACGUACGAGCCAGACAAGCGCAGCGAGGCGUGGUUCAAAGUGAAGAAAGACUACCUGCAAGGGAUUGGCGACUCUCUUGAUUUAGUACCUAUCGGUGCGUGGCAGGGGAUGGGCAGGAAGGCCGCCUUCUGGAGCCCUAUUCUGCUUGCGCUCUACGAUCCGGAUACGGGCAUGUUCCAAGCGGUGUGCAAGUGUAUCAGCGGAUUCUCGGACGCAUUUUACAAAGUGCUGAAUGAACAGUACGAGACGGCGUACCUGCCUGCUGCACUAGAUCAGUACGAGACGAAUGGACUGAUGGCCGAUGUAUGGUGGCCGCCCACCCAAGUAUGGGAGAUUCGGGGGGCGGACAUCACGAUUUCGCCAACAUACCCCGCCGCAGCAGGCAUUGUAUCCGAGCGAGGUCUUUCCUUGCGCUUCCCAAGGUUUAUCCGCGAGCGCAGCGACAAGCGUGUCGAGGAUGCAACGACGCCGCAGCAAUUCGCGGCAAUGUAUCUAGCCCAGGCAAAUAUCAAGUAG